UUACCAAACUCGCUGCCGGGGGCGUGGCGUGGGCUUUGCCGGUUCUAGCAGCAGACAGACACAAUGAAACGAGGGGCAAUGUAGGACACCACGUUGAGGCUUGUAAUGCAGACACGCCGAUAGAGAGCAGAGGCCGCUGCUGAUGAGAACAAAACAACGAGUUGAAAGUCUUUGGAGAAGAACCGAACGCACUCAGGAAGCGAGGCUCCCCAUCAUAACUUUUGCUUUGUCAUUAAACGCAGUCGCGAUAAAAUGUCGUUCGCCUACUCGGAUUAUCUGGCCGCCGAGUGUCUGGUGUCGAUAUCCAGCGGCCCCGUCCUCCAUCGACCCACCCCGGUGUCUGCUGCGGCUCAGGCCCCUCCUCAGGGCCUUCCUGCCGUGGAGCCAGACGGGUCGAGCGAGGACAGGGAGGUACGGGAGACGCUCCGGUUAGAGGGGGCCAACAUGAUGACGGUGGCGGAGAUCCUCACCGAUCUACACGGCAAGUUUCGUCCCAUGUCGGCCUACUCCGAAAGCAGCAACUCGUCGUGUGGAGAGAGCGGCUACACCACGUUGUCUGACUCAACCACCCCAACGCCGACCAUGACCCCCUCUGCCACCCCUGUCCCGGGACAGUACAAUAACACCCCUCAGCAGAUUUGGGGAGGAGGGGGCGCCCCCCGGUCCCCCACCAAACGUCACCCCUGUACCUUCGACGGGUGUGACCGGGUGUACGGCAAAUCAUCCCACCUGAAGGCGCACAUCAGGACCCACACAGGUGAGAGGCCCUUUCCGUGCACCUGGCCCGACUGUGAAAAGAAGUUUGCCCGUUCUGAUGAGUUGGCCCGACACCUGCGUACCCACACUGGCGAGAAACGCUUCCUGUGCCCACUCUGUGACAAGCGUUUCAUGCGCAGCGACCACCUCAUCAAACAUGCCCGCCGGCACCCCAACUUCCACCCCUUCAUGAUCAACCGCAAAGGUUCGGCUCAGGGAUCCACCUCGACCCAGUCCACCACCGCUUCCACUUCGUCCUCAGAGUACGCCAGCACUGCCAUGUAGACGCCCCCUCACCGGGACCACUGUCUCUGUCAUCCACCACAGCUUGACUCGAUCGCCGUGCAUGCUGGGGACCCUUUAAGCUCAGUCUUCACUUCCACAGGCCAAAAAUGAACAACUUCACCAUGUCUUCCUCUAAACCCCUUCGCCCAACCAGUGGCGACCAAAACGGGCAAAGGAGACUCAAACUCUCAAGCACAUUCCUGAGUCGCGUGAUUAAAUUAUCACAUGGCCGACAAGUGAUAGCGAACGCAACAUUGGUCUUAAAUUGCUUCGGUUGGGUGGAAUAGAUUUUUGCAUGCAAACAAAAUGGCCAUCAGUGGUAGCACAAUGUUUUCCAUUGGCCAUCUUGUUGUAUCACUUGUUAGCCAUGUUUUAGAAUCUACGAAAGAAUGCGUCACAGUUUAAGGGAAAGUUUACUCGUUCUUUGUCUUUUUACAGUCGUUCCAUCAAUCUUCACACAACCUUUUUCAUGUCUUUUUUGUACAGCCAGAAUGGCAAACCCUCUCUGGGUUUGCUUGUCCACACAUGCUGUAGAAAGCAAUAACCAGAUACAUUUUCAUAACUAUCACAAAGUAUUUGUGUGUUACUCAUGAAUUUGUCACGUUCAGUGACUUUAUGCGUUCUUAAACCUCGUUGGCUUAGCUAAACCUUUUAAGGUGUGAUGUCAAAUUCAUUCUUAAAUGAAUAUGAUUCUUGAAACUCUUGAACGCAAACAACGAUCAUAUCAAAAUGGCCAGCGAGUUCUUUCUUAGGUAGAAGCACUGCCUCUAAUGCCAGUUUCCACAUAGCUUUCCCUACCGAAAUUAAGUUAUUGUCAUCUUAAUUUACCUAGUAGUAGUUAUUUUCUUAAUUAAUAUUAUUAGACCAUGCAUUUAUUAUUUUCUGCUUGGAGGAACUCUUUUGUUUGUCCAUGUAAUGUUGACAUGUUGAUACAUGUAGCAAUGUGUGUAAUGGUAAUGUGGAUACGUGUAGAUAAAUAUCUAUGCUUGCAGCUUGAAUGGUAAAGAUGUUAUAAUAUGAACUACUAGAUAAUAAUACACCUUAUGUUAGGGGUGACAGUAUACGCUUGAAUAGAAUAGUGCUGCUUGUGUGCGAAUGUUUGCGCAUCGCGUUCAUAUGUGCCGCCUGCGGACCUCUUACAACUAUCUCAGAGAACAAAAAAACACAUCAGGAAACUCAAAGCCUUAAAAUCCUUUAACUUGUUUUGCACCAUUGUUUACGGUCUGAUAUGUUCUACAGGUAUGCCGUCAGGUGUCGUUCUUCUCAACUAAAGAAAUACACAUGCAAUAUUGCACUUUUGUCUUACUGAUAUUGUGAACGAUGCUUGUCGCCUGCUAGUGUGAUGGGUUACACUGUAUACAUGCUACUGCAUAGUGCUCAACUGAACGAACACUGUGGAAGGGGAUAAAGACCUAUCGCAAUAAAUCAAUACAUUCGUCUAAAUGUGCACCUUCGUCUGAGUGUUUAAACCAGUCAGAGGAAAAUGGACUUGAUUUUUGUGUACUUUUCACUUUUGUUUGUAUUUUGCUUGACAUUUGGAGUGCAACGGAUACGAAAUAUCUGAUCGCAGUUUGUCUGGUAUCAAAAUUACAGCUGUUUUUAAUGGUUCAUUGUACCAUUUUCGAAUCCUGCAAUAUUCAGUGCUUUAAGUAACUGCUGGCAGUAGCCUAAAGCGUGAUGACCACUUAUAAGAUCUCAACCACAUAAACCGAACCAGAAUAGUAUAUAAGACUGUGUUUGUUCUGUAGCUAAUUAAAUGUUUUAUGUUUGGCUGGGAUUUUCUUAUUUUUUGUCGUCUUCCUGUAGUGAGUCGUCUCUGGAUCUGUUGAGCGAUCAGUGGGACACUGUGUUGGGCUGCGGUGGGCUUUGUGUGUGAUUCUCGACCUUUGUGAUUCCAUCUUUUUUUCCUUCACAAUGCCCUCUUUUAGCAGUCCUGAUUCAACUUUGCAUUUGAUAUCUCUCCCAUUAUACAUGACACAUUUGCAACUAGUACUCUCACAAACCACUGGAUCAAGUCUUCUUUUUUUCCCCCCACUCACUACUGUUUGUGUGUUUUGUGGUCUUUUUCAGUUAUUAAUUUUUUGUAUUUGGUUUGAUGUACUGGAAAUUCUAGUUUCUUAUGCUUUGUUUUGGUUUACGUAUUGUAGAUGUCUAUAUAGUAUGCAAAACAUAGCUUUCUAGUUAGUUUAGGAUAGCUUAGCAAUCGUAUUGUGGAGAAAAUGCAUAUUCUAUAGUUCCUUUGGGAAAAAUGCUGCAUCAUUUGCUGUGUUCGAGGCAUCUGAUCUCUGCGGGUCAAACUCAAGUGAACUAAGAUUGUGUGUGUGUGUGUGAGCACGGCUGCUUUUAAUCAUGAUGCUAGAUUGAGAAUAUGUAGAGUGAUGACUUUAUAUUGAGAACUGCUUUGUUGCUUGGCGUACAAUCUAGAUCCAUCAGUUUUGACACACUAAAAUGAUUAUACACUGAUUGUGUAGUGAUCACACUAAAAGAUGUCUACUGAGAUCUCCUGAGGUCUCGGUCUACAGACAUGUCUCAUAACAGUGAACCUAUGGGUUUUGUCAAACUACAGAAACUUCCAUGUAUCUCCUCAGGUGAUAACACAUAAUGCUGAAAACCUCUGUCCAUGAGUAUGACCUAAUGUUAAGCAUUCUUUUCAUUUGCUCAUGUUUUGCAUUAUUCUGCAAUUUUAUAUUUUAUUUAUUACAUGCUUUAGUUUUGGUGGGCUUUAAAAAAAAUUUUUUGUACUUAUUUUAUUGAAUGAGACUUGACUAAUAAUUUGAUUUGAUUCAUUGUUUGCCUCCAACAAAAAACCUUCCAGUGCUUUUAAAUAAAUAAAUAAAUGGAUUAAGAAUUA